ACUUCUGCCUUUACCAAUUUGAAAAACGUUAGAAACGCAAGAACUGUUUUUUCUGCCAUUUCUGUUUCCAGUCUCUUCGAUCACACUCAACUUAAAGGGCUGAACAAGUUAUUCCUCCACCACAACAAACCCUAAUCUUCAUACAGAUUUCAGUUCUCAUAAUAUUAACUGAUUUUCUGAUUGGAAAGUCAUGACCACCGGAGAUCUUCUCAACAUUCAACCAACUGAACUCAAAUUCCCAUUUGAAUUGAAGAAGCAGAGUUCAUGUUCUAUGCAAUUGACUAACAAGUCAGAUAAGUACGUUGCUUUUAAGGUUAAAACGACCAAUCCCAAGAAAUACUGUGUUCGUCCCAACACUGGCAUCAUUUUGCCUGGGACUACUUGCAAUGUUACAGUUACAAUGCAGGCCCAAAAGGAGGCACCCCAUGACAUGCAGUGCAGGGACAAAUUCCUUCUUCAAAGCGUUGCUGCUUCUGACGGUGCAACCACAAAAGAUAUAACUGCAGAUAUGUUCAAUAAGGAGGAUGGUAAGGUUGUUCAGGAGUUCAAACUGCGUGUAGUCUAUAUCCCCGCUAAUCCUCCCUCACCUGUCCCAGAAGAAUCUGAAGAAGGAUCGUCUCCGAGGGCUUCUGUGCUUGAGAAUGAUAAUCAAGAUGCAUCGUUGUUUGAAGAUGUAUUGAGAUCUUUAGAGGAGCCUAAAGAGAAAUCUUCGGAGGAAUGGUCUACCAUUUCUAAGUUGACUGAGGAGAAAGCUGCUGCUCUGAAGCAAAAUCAACAGCUACGGCAAGAACUGGAACAGAUGAGAAAACAAGUAAGCAAAAAUCGAGCGGGUGGCUUCUCUUCAUCGUUUGUGUUACUGGUUGGUCUAUUUGGUAUCCUGGUUGGCUAUCUUGUGAAGAGAACAUAGAAAACUACCAAUGAACUGGUAUUUGUGUGGUAGGGGUGCUGAAUUUAUUUUUCAGCCUUCCCCUAGUUUUGGAACUUUUUAGGACUUUCUUAUUAGUUUGUAAAGUCAUUCUGAUAUAUUAUCGGCACUUCCGGUUAUUGAUUUGUCCGAUGUUUGAACAAGACUAGCGCAGCCGGUGAUUUGUGUUUGUGGCACAGUUAAUGUUGUUUGUUUCAUGAAUGAAUUGAUUCACAUGUCCAUUAA